AUGGAGCAGGACCACAGCCAGCCGCCUCCCUUCUCGAUUCGGCUUCUGGGAGGUGGAUCCGACGACGCUACCACCACUUCUCAAAGCAGGAAUGACAAGCUCUCGGCUGUCUUCCCUGCAUCGUACCGUACAUGCACUGAUGACCUUGCUGCCCCGAGCUAUGAUUAUAUGGCCUGCAUGGAAAAAGAGCUUGAUGUGCGUAGAUUGAAUAAAAUUUUCAAAUGGCUGUGGGUAGUUGGUCGACCCAUGCCACCCAGACCUCUUCACUACCAGCUCCUACUUGGGCGCGAAAUCUUCGUCACGGAGCAGAUGGACAUGCAUCUUGUCUGGGCGGAGGGUCGAGUAUACCUCAAGCCCAUCCCACGCUUCCUUCUUGAGCCCAAUUUCUGGUCCGAAUAUCUUUCCUGCCGAGACGAUUGCAAAUGCCUUGAUCAUGAGGUUGAAGUUGGCUCACCGGCAUCCAGUCAGGAGUGCUCCCAUCGAAAAUUGCGAAAGUCUGCACUGGGAUUCCUGUACUCCUAUGCCGCACUGAUCUCCCAUGAGAGCGAUUUUUACAUUGCCAAGGACAAACGCCUGCUCCCAUCGGGGGAGGACCGAUUGACAUGGCAAGGAUGGAGAACUUUUGUUGAACAACUUGACACGGCACACAUCUACCCGAACAUCAACCCCCGAUUCAUAUACGGAGAGCUUCGCCUGAGCCGCCUGAAUAACAUAUAUCGUUUUACCCAGCGCCCGUUUCUGGGCGGUUAUACCAGACACUGGCAGGAAUACAAGACCUUCUUUCGGGACAACUUCACAUGGUUAGCAUCCGCAACAGUAUACGCUGCUAUUGUCCUCGCUGCUAUGCAAGUCGGGUUGGAAACAAAGGGUCUUAGUGACAAUGCUAUGUUCCAUUCAGCAUCUGUCAUGGGUAUGCCAGUACCAUAG